AUGUUUUACCUUAAACCAGGGGAAAUUAUACCUACUACUCCUGCUCCUCCUACUAAUACUACGACUACUACUCAGUCAACGACAAAACCAACAACAGUAACAGCACAACCGCAGGUAGACGUGUUAUCGACGACGACGACGACUACAACGACAACAAAAUCGUCUGACACAACAACACCAACCUAUGAUGGAGUACCUACAUACAGUUUUGUUGAAUUUUCUCUGGCAACGAGACCGUCAACAGCAAUCGCACCGGUUAUGCUACCACUCGUUUCUACCAAAUUCAAUGUUAAAUCAAAUUUAUAUAAUCAAGUUAAUGAUACACCAGUUGAAUGGAUUGAAGAAUAUGCCAAUACAAGUUCACCUGGUUAUGCUAAUUUAAAAUCAAAAUAUUGUGAUUUAUUAACAUACUACUUAAAACAAGGUGAUAGUAAUGCAGCAGAUGGUGCAAGUUGUGAACAAGUGACUUUUACACCAGUAACUAGUACUAGACCAGAUGGUACAGUGGUACGAACUGUAAAAGGUGAUUCAACGAUUAAUGUACCGACAACAACAGGAACACAAUUAACGGGUAGUCAACUUUAUGGAUUAUUUAUAAAUGGAUAUAAUAAAACUAGUACAGCACCAUCAUCUAUUAAACUAAAUGCAUUAGAUGUUCAACGCACUUCAGGUACAGUUACAUGUUCACAAUUUACUAAUCCAUGUGGAGAACAUGCCACAUGCCGUGAUUCUCCUCCAGGAAUUACUUGCUUUUGUAAUUCUAUGUGGAAAGAUAUGAAUCCAAAUGAUCCUGGAAAACAAUGUGCUUUACAUCCAGCUGCAAUUGCAUUAAUUGUUUUAGCAUCAUUACUAUUAUUGGCUGCAUUGAUCUUAUUACUUAUUUGUUUAUUACGUAGACGUCGACGAAGGAAUAGUUCCAUUUUAGCAUCAACUGAUUUAGCAACAUUGAAUAAAUUAAAAGAAACUAAAUCAUGGAAAUCAAAAUUAGAUAAAAAUAAAAUUCAACUUGAUGGAGAUCAGUCCAUUUCAAUGGCUCGUGCUUCAGUGACAGAUAGCCCAAUAGCAUUAACAUCUAUUCCAGCGUCGCCAAUUCCACUAACAGGCUUACCAAUGCCACUUACUCCAACAGCGAGUAACAUGAUUGACGGUCUUCCACAAAGAGUUGGAAGGCCAAUUCCACUAACAGGCUUACCAAUGCCACUUACUCCAACAGCGAGUAACAUGAUUGACGGUCUUCCACAAAGAGUUGGAAGUGCAUUGCCUCUUACAGGAACUGCACCCCCCUUGUCUGCGCUCAGAGGUAGUAUGCCGAUUAUCGGCAUUCAACAAAUUCCAGCAUCGCCAAUUCAACCAACAGGUUUACCAAUGCCACUUACUCCAGUAGGAAGUAACAUGACUGGUGGUCUUCAAAAAAUAGUUGGAACUCAAAUGUUAACAACAAACAUGCAAAUUCCUAAAUCUCCAGUUAUAACCAACAUGUUAACCAACGCAUCAGGAAGUUUACCACAGAAUUCUAUGAUUCCUUCAACAACAAUUCCACAGAAUAAUCUAUCAACCAAUUUGAAUAUUUUCAAUUUUGAAAAUUUAGAUAAAAUUUGA